GGCUUUUCUUCGUUCCUUUUCUCGACAUUCCUAAAUGUUCGCGUGCAAUAUAUGCGGUUGCACGCUAGGUGGCUAUUCAUUCGACCAAGAUGGAUUUACGGAAGGAAAAUGGGUCAACAAAGUCCGAGCUCUCUUCAUUGAGGAGCGCAAUUGGUUUAGUCCUUCCCUCUCAGGCGUCGGACACAUGGACGACCCUUUUGAUACUGUCCGUGCCCCCCGGUCAAGCGACGAUAACUAUUAUGAUGAGGAUUUUAUCGAGUCGAAGAACGUCCAAUUCGAUAGCAUAGAACCAUCAAUCCUAGCAGAUGGCUCACUUCAUCCGGCAACCUAUACGACAGGGUUUUUCUUUCACGACUCUUGCUAUAAGCUGCUUCAAUACGCUUGUCAUCUCACUCCAAUCAACAUCCAGACCUUAAACCUAUACUUGCGAUCCUUUGGCGUUUUGGCUAGUCACGGUCUUGUGAACUGGGGACAUACCUACGGGGGGCUCUUCCUCAGCCCUGAUCCCCACGUCCGCAGCAUACAUCCACGACUAGAAUCUUGCCAUCCCCCAGGUACGUCGAUAUACCACAAGGAUCCUCUUCUUGAUGACUCAUUUGUGCGGACUCUCCUCCAGUUCCACACAUUGAGUCACUUCGACACGGUUCAACUCUUUCCAAAAGUUACGUCUACUCGCCAUGCUUCUAACGAAUGCUUCGAGACACUUCCUGUGGAGCUUCUGGAGCUUGUUCUAUCAUACUUGCCCUCAAGAGAUGUCCUACAUGCCCGGAUUGCCUCCAGAGUACUUGCAGACAUCCCGCUCGGCCAAGCAUUUUGGAGGUCCCGAUUUUCACCAGGGAAUGAAGGUGACUUCCUAGUUGAACCGCUUCUUUUCAAGAAACGCCUUCUCACCAACUCUCUUUUCUCGGACGCCAGAGUGGUGUAUAAGGCGACCAAGAGCGAAAACUGUUCCCUAGCGCUCGCGAACCGAAGACGAGUCUGGGGGCUAGUCAAACCUUUAUCAGAUGCUUUGCAAUCUUUCGCCCUUCAUCAGGAAUUUGUAGGGAGUGUGGAGCCAGCUGGCAAGCAGUUUGCCACACCCUGGCAGCCGGAGCUUGAUACAGAGGAUACAUGCAGAUGGGAUUGUGCUCAUGGAGAACUACUAGAUGGUUUUACACUUCCGUUCCACUUUGGUUGCAGGCCCUUAUUCAAACGAUCAGUCUCUCUUCUUCCCCAGAUUACCGUUGUCAAAGUGUCAGUACUGCCCUUCUAUGACACGACUUACGUCACGGGGCUUCGAUUCUGCUUUGUUGACGGUACCGAAAGCUCAAUUGGGUACGUACUUUGCGAUAGAGAAGUAACACUGGAUACCGAAGGCGGACUAUACGGGUUCCGGGUUGCAGUAGGCGAAAGAGGUAUUCAUGCGCUCUCUGCAAACGGAUCCCACUUAGUAGGGGAUCAAGCAUCUGAACUCAAAUACAAAGUUGUGAGAUUAGGACAGGGGAGCGAAGUGAGGAUGGUCAAGGCGUAUUUUGAUGGAAUGAAGAUGGUGCAUUUGGCCGUACCGGCGUACAUUCACAACCCGCAGGGUCCAUAUUCAAUGUGGACGAAGGCACAGGGGUACGCAGAGUUGUUAAAGGUCCAGGCCGGAUCGUGAAAAUCGGUGCGCACCGUCGCGUUCCUAGAGCCUAACACGAGGGAAAAUUGGUAUAACUGCGUUGGGACUAAACCUAGCGGAAAAUGGAUUUGAAAGCAUGUUUCUGGAGGCAAACAUGAAAGUAGACCGUAUCUGUACAAAUGAACAGACUCAUAUCGACUUCUCGAUCUUUGAAGGGCAUCAGAUCGGGUCGAUUAAGCUUCGCCAAGGUAGAUGGAUGCGG